AUGUGCGAUUUCUCAGUGUAUGGCACACCAAGCCCGGAAUGGCUGAUUGGAGCGUCGAAAGUGCCAUCUUUCACGCCGCAGUGUGAAUCAAUCAUCGAGUGGCGAACAAUCUUCAACAAGCAACGAGAGGCAACCACUGCCGAAGAAUUCGAAAGCUUGAAACCGCACGUUCAAAUGAAAGACUAUUCGGUUCCCACAAGCGAUGGUUCGAGCAUCGAAGUGCGGAGUUACCGGCCUGCGAGCGUAGACACAACCAAGAGCUUGCCUGUGUACAUGCACCUGCAUGGCGGCGGGUUCCUUUUCGGCACGUUGGCCACCGAGGAUGCGAUAUGCGCCCGCAUCGCCAUCAACGCGCAGGUUGUAGUGCUUAGUGUCAACUUCCGCCACACGCCUGAAUAUGGCUAUCCAACCGCGUGGAACGACACGGCUGACGCAUUCGAGUGGCUGCAUGAUCACAUCUCUGAGCUCGGCGGCGAUGCCCAUCGUGUUGUACUGGGCGGCAUCUCGAGUGGCGGGCAGCUCUCUGCGGCAUUCGUACUGAAGAAACACCUUGGCAAGGUCAGCGCUUCACGUCCAGCUAUUGCCGGACAGCUAUUGCUCAUCCCGUGUUUGGCGAUAAUGGACUGCUAUGAGCCGCAGCGCAAGAAGCUCAAGAGCAGCUCUGUCUGUUCGUAUGAGCAGAACAGACUCGCGCCCCUCAUGCCACUCUCUGUCUGUAGAUUCUUUACCGAGUUAUUGCAGAUUGAGAGCCCGCGAGUGGAUGACAUUGAGCUGAACCCAGGAAACGCUUCACCUGCACAGGUUCGGGGGCUGCCCCCAACAGUCUUCACUAUCACAGGUUGGGAUCCCUUGAGAGACGAAGGAUUGCUGUAUGCCAAGAUGCUGGCCGAAGCCGGAGUCCCGGUUGAUAUUCACAUGUUUCCAGGUCUUCCACAUGGCUUCAGAAGAGUGCUAAGCAAUUUAUCAGAGUCUGGGCGAUGGGACCAGGUCGUUGAGAAGGGAAUCGCGUGGGUGCUUUCCAAGCCGCCUGCUACUGGCAUAUUUGAGAUCAAAACAAGAUAG